AUGUCGGUGGAGGACAUACUUGGCAUGCCCCCUGUUAGGUCAGUGCAAUCCAUCCGCAGUGGAGUCAAAGCAAUGUUUCAAAGCUGUUGUGCGAUUCCUCUGAAGAGAAUCAGUGUAAAUGCUUAUGUGUUUCUCAUUCCCCGGAUGGUACUCUCCCCUCUGGCAAGAGGAGGCAAGAAGAAAGGUGGUAACAUUAAAGAAACUUACAGGAGAUUCUUUGCUUACCAGUGGGAGGAGUUACUAUGUAACAUUGAUUUUCCAUCAAGUCAUCAGGAACGUCAACCCUCAAAGGAACCAACUAGUAAGGGGGUUGAAAAAGCAGCACUACGGUUGGUCAAAUGUGGAGAAAUAGCUAGAGCUGCAAAGGUGUUGAUGAGUUCUGGUCUUGCACCAGCAUCAGAAGAAACAGCAAAAAAGCUAGCAGGCAAUUUAAACAUCCUGCAUGAAGUGUUAGCACUGAGAUUGAUCAUGAGGUGGGCUCGAACACAACUACAGAGGCCAUUAAUCUUGAUGCAGUCAAUUUGUUUAACGUGGUCAAACGACUUCCUAGAGGUUCUAGUGCUGGGCCUUCUGGAUGGAGCUAUAGCAUCAGGAUCUCUGCCAAUAUCGAUCCGGUCACUUCUCUCAUCAUCUAGAUUAAUUGCUUUACCAAAGGCAAACGGGGAUGUUCGGCCAAUAGCAAUUGGGGAAACAUGGAGAAGAGUCACUGCUAGAGCUAUUUGUUUUCAAAAGCGGAAGGAAUUUGCAGACUAUUUCACACCCUUACAACAUGGUGUUUCAGUUGAAGGAGGUGCAGAGCUAUUGGUGCAGCAGGUGCAGCUUCUUAUGGAAAAACAUGAAGACUGGAUUCUACUUAAAACUGAUGUGAAGAAUGCAUUUAAUUCAGUAAGCCGGUCUCAUUUGCUGAACCAAGUGCUUACUACGUUUCCUGAUAUUCACAAUCACACUGCACUAGUGUACUCUGACAUCAAUCCACUAAUCUAUCUUCAGAUAUCUCAUCCGGUUAUUCUCAGCUCUCACGAAGGUGUGCACCAGGAAGACCCACUUGGUUCUGCUUUGUUCUCAAUUGCAAUGCAACCCAUUUUGGAAGAUCUACAGUCUCACCACAAAGAAGUAACAAUUCUGGCUUACCUGGAUGACGUUUAUCUCCUUGGCAGCCCUGAUCGAGUAUUUCAUGUCAUUGAAAGGCUGAGAUCUGCCUUCAGCGACAUUAAUCUCAUGAUUGAGGAGAAGAAGUCCACAAGUCAAGGAUGUAGAAUUCUGGGCACACCUAUAGGAAGCUCAUCGUACAUCAUCGAAUCUUGCUCUGAUGUUGCACAAUCAGGAUCUAAUUUGUGUGGUAAGCUGUUGCAGCUGCAAGACCCCCAGUGUGGCAUGCUCUUGCUGAGACACUGUCAUGUUACUCGGAUGAACUUCCUAUCACGAAUUGUUCCACCUAGACUUUUGGAGUCUGCUGCGGCCAUCCAUGACACACUGACAAGAUCAACGUUCACCAAUCUCUUGGGUAGAGGCAAUCUAACAGACAGGCAGUGGCUUCAAGCAACUUUACCAAUACGACAUGGAGGAUUUGGUCUCACAGCUUUAACAUCUACAGCACAAUUUGCAUUUCUGUCUAGUUGGGUCUCAACCCUGCAUACAAUAGCAAAACGAAUUCCUGAUGCUCAGAGAUUGCUUGAUGAAGUUCAGAAUUCACAUCAUUCAAAUAGUUCCAUCAGCAGAGAUUUGUGCAAUGUUUUGUCUCAAAACAAAACUCUCGUAGAAGUUAUCAACGACAGGAAGCAACUACAACACAAGCUGACUGAGGAUUACAUGAAAUCUCUGUCAAAUGGUUUUAUUCAGAAUUCAUCUUCGACUAGAGACCAAUCUCGAAUGAAGUCCUUGCAAGGCAAAGGCAAACUGAGUGUUUUGGACAGCAAAUGGUACAAUGUGAUAAUUGCCAAGAAUGGUAUCACUUUUAAGUGUGUUGCUUACAACAAACAUGUUAUGGAAAUAGUGAGUCUUGUUAUGAAAAUUGUUGAAACUUAG